AUGGAUACCCCUACCGAGAAACCCAACGAGAAGGAGAUGCACCUAGAGGAAGCUCCCACUACUACAUCGGUGGCCGAGAUGACCACUAGAAUAACGGUGACGGCCAAACAAGAGAAAGCCAUCCGCAGAGCUUUUGAUCGUCGGCUGGUCCCCAUCGUCUGCAUCUUAUACGUCUUGUCCUACCUUGACCGGGGAAAUAUUGGGAACGCAAAGACAGCAGGCGCCCAAGAAGACUUGGGUUUGUCCAGCGCGCAGUGGACUUGGGUAUUGAACUCUUUCUACAUUGCAUAUGUUGUUUUCGAGUGGACCACGCUCCUCUGGAAGAUCUUUCCGGCACAUAUCUACGUCUCAUUGUUGUGCGUGCUUUGGGGAGCAUGUGCCAUGUCUUCCGGCGCCGCGCACCAAAUGAGCCAUCUGGUGGUUUGCCGCGUCUUUUUGGGCAUUUUUGAGGCCAGCUUCGGCGCGGGAGCGCCCUACUUCCUCUCUCUUUUCUAUCAACGUCGGGAACUAGCCUUCCGAACUUCUUUAUUGUUGGGUAUGUCUCCUUUGGCCAACUGUUUUGCUGGAGCAUUGGCCUUCGGCAUCACUCAUAUCAAGAAUUCCAUCGAGCCAUGGCGACUCCUGUUCAUCAUCGAAGGAGCUCCCACCGUCCUGUUUGCUCCUAUGGUCUUCUUUUUCCUUCCAGACUCGCCGGGUUCUGCCAAGUUCCUGAGCGAGGCGGAGCAAACUCAUGCCGUGGAAAGGAUGCAGACCCGCGAUCACACCAGGAAGAGUCAAAUCCAAUGGAGACAGUUCUUCGCGGGUGCGACAGACUAUAGGAACGUCGUCCACACCAUGAUUCAUUUCAUGUGCAACUACUCCUUUGCAGGGUUGUCCAACUUCCUUCCCACCAUCGUCCAAGGAAUGGGAUACUCCAGCAUCAAUGCUCAAGGUCUAACGGCACCUGUCUAUUUCGUAUCCUUCCUGCUCUGCGUUGUUGCCGCUUUUGUCAGCGACAGGUGGGGUAGACGGAGCUUCAUUAUUGCCUUUGCCGCCGGAGUCGGUGCCAUUGGUUACUUGCUUCUUGCGAUCAUCGAGGAUAUGGACCAAGUUCGCGUCCGUUACCUUGGUGUCUGGCUCGCCGUUUGUGGUAUCUUUCCGGCUCUGUGCAUCAACAUCACAUGGCUCCUCAACAACAACAGUAGUGAAUCCAAGCGUGGUGCUGGGCUUGCUAUCCUCGCGAUAUUCGGCCAAUGUAGCUCUUUCCUUAGCUCAGCGGUUUUUCCUAAGGAAGAUGGGCCCUUUUUCAUCAAGGGAUGCGCCAUCGGUUGCGGUUUCACCGGGCUUGUUGUCAUAUUCUCCUUGGGCCUUUAUUUCCGGCUCCGUCACAUCAAUAGACAGAGGGAUGAGAUGUAUGGUUCUGUUGAAGAUGAUCAGCAGCUAGAUGUCACCACUCUUGGAGAUUCGCAUCCUGCGUUCAGGUACCUUCUCUGA